AUGACCCCGUUACCACCAGGUUCAGAGGCAGAAGAGCAAACCAAUUGCACCACAGACAUCAAGGCGAUGGAGAAGCAUAUCGAGGAUGUCUCGGAGUACAACAAGCAGCAGCCUCCCGAGGGCGUCUACAUCCCGUCAGAAGAAAUUCAGGCGCGGUUCGAGCUUUUGCGAUAUCUGAGCCCGGAGCAGAUGGAAGCACUCAACAAGCGUGUCCUCAAAAAGAUUGACUGGCACAUGAUGCCCUGCGUCACACUCAUGUUCUUGAUGAAUUAUCUCGACCGCAUCAAUGUUUCUAAUGCCCGUCUGGCCGGGUUACAGAGCGACUUGAAUAUGACAGAUACCGUGUGGAAUGCAGGCAUCUCGACCUUUUAUGUGGGCUACCUCGUCGGCCAGCUUCCAGGAAACCUACUCAUGGCUAAAUCGAAUCCACGUUGGUUCCUCCCGGUGAUAAUGUUCAUGUGGAGCUGUGGGACUAUUUGUAUGCCUGCAAUGACGAACGGUGUGGGCUUCUGCGUCGUUCGUUUCUUUAUUGGCUUGGCCGAGGCACCUUUUUUUCCUGCUCUCACCCUACUGACUUCUUCAUGGUACACGAAAGAAGAGUCUCCUAUGCGCAUGGCCAUCUGGCAUGCUGGCAACACUAUUUCCAACAUUAUUUCAGGAUUCCUAGCUGCCGGUGUUCUCGAGAAUAUGGAUGGCAUUAGCGGCCUGCAUGCAUGGCAGUGGUUCUUCUUGAUUGAGGGGAUAGCAUCUAUUGUUGUUGCAGUCGCUUCAUUCAUUUUCUUGCCGGCUUGGCCGCAUAACACUCGUUUCCUGUCCGAAGAGGAGAGCCAGAUGGCACAAUACCGAGUGCUUGUGUCUAAUGGUGGACGGGAUGAGACCGUAGGAGGGACGUGGGAUGGGCUCAAGGAUGCCGUGAAGGAUCCUUUUACCUGGUUCUUUUGCCUCAUGCACUUCGCACUGGUCACUGCGCAGAGCUUCAAGGAUUUUUUGCCCUCGAUCAUAAAAACAUUCGGCUUCGACACCAUGACCACAUACCUUGUCCAAGCACCUCCAUAUGCCAUUGCCUAUGUCUUCGCCUGCGCCGCAGCUUGGUCCUGUGGCAGACUCCAAGAGUCGACGUGGCACAUAGUGAUCCCCAUAAUUAUCUCCGCCGCAGGGUGCAGUAUUCUCAUCAGCACGCUGAAUGUCGGGGCGCGGUACUUCGGGAUCAUCCUACUCAUCUGCGGUACUUACAGUGGGCUCAACCUACAGCUGUCUUGGGAAACAACCGUGGUACCCUCACCGAGAGCAAAAAAGGCUGCUCUCAUUGCUAUUGCCAAUUGCAUCAGCCAGUCGAGUCACUGGUUCAGUCCCUACUUUUAUCCAACCAGCCAAGAGCCAUUUUACCGUAUGGGUGGUGGCUUGGUGCUCAUGGGGUGCGCACUGGUGGCGCUGUCGGCUUUUGCUGUAAAUUGGAGAGGCAGAAGGCUCAAUAAGAGGUUGGACGAGGCUGAGGGAUGGACGAUGCAUUCCGGCAACGAGCGUGGUUGGAGGUACAAAUUAUAA